CCCCGGUGGCGACGUGUCGGGACUGAGCCUUGUCCACCAGGGCUCCGAGGGUCACGUCUGCUCCCGGGGUUUCUUUUGUUCAUGCAUUUCAAUCGGAAGUGCAGUGAGGCCUGCUGGCUCAGACCACAGGGCUCGGACAGCAGAGGAGGCUGGCCUGCUGCUGCGGGACGGCGGGGUGCUCUCUCUGCUGCAGCUGCUGCCCCAAGAUCCGACAGUCGCGGACCACCCGCUUCAUGUACGCGCUCUACUUCAUCCUGGUCGUCCUGCUGUGCUGCCUGAUGAUGUCGCCCACCGUGGCCAAGGCCAUGCGGGAGCAUAUCCCCUUUUUCGAAGACAUCUGUAAGGGCAUCCGGGCCGGCGACGCGUGCGAGAAGCUGGUGGGCUACUCGGCGGUGUACCGGGUCUGCUUUGGCAUGGCGUGCUUCUUCUUCGUCUUCUGCCUGCUCACCUUGGGGGUCAACAGCAGCAAAGGCUGUCGGGCCCACAUCCACAACGGCUUCUGGUUCUUCAAGCUGCUGCUGCUGGGGGCCAUGUGCUCUGGUGCCUUCUUCAUUCCGGACCAGGACACCUUUCUGGAAGCCUGGCGCUACGUGGGGGCCGUCGGGGCCUUCCUCUUCAUAGUCAUCCAGCUGCUGCUCCUGGUGGAGUUCGCGCACAAGUGGAACAAGAACUGGAUGGCUGGCACCGCCACCAACAAGCUGUGGUUCGCAUCCCUGUCGCUGGUCACGCUGCUCAUGUACUCCAUUGCCACUGGAGGCCUGGUGCUCUUGGCUGUGUUUUACACCCAGCUUGAGGGCUGCGUGCAGAACAAGAUCUUCCUGGCUGUGAACGGAGGCCUGUGCCUGCUGAUCUCCGGUGCUGCCAUCUCCCCUUGCGUCCAGAACCGACAGCCGCACUCGGGGCUGCUGCAGUCGGGGCUCAUCAGCUGCUACGUGACCUAUCUCACCUUCUCGGCGCUGUCCAGCAAGCCCGUGGAAGUGGUCCGUGAUGAGCAUGGGAAGAACGUGACGCUCUGCGUGCCCCACUUUGGCCAGGACCUGUCCCGAGACGAGAACCUGGUGACCAAGCUGGGCACUGGGCUCCUCAUCGCCUGCAUCCUGUACUCGUGCUUGACGUCCACCACGAGAUCGAGUUCUGACGCCCUGCAGGGCCGAUAUGCAGCUCCGGAGCUGGAGGUGGCCCGCUGCUGCUUCUGCUUCGGCAACGACGUGGCAGAGGACCCCGAGGAGCAGCCGGCUGGGAAGGGGCGCCAGCGCGUCCUCUACGACGAGAAGAAGGGCACUGUGUACAGCUACCCCUACUUCCAUGCCGUCUUCCUGCUGGCCUCGCUCUACAUGAUGAUGACCCUCACCAACUGGUUCCACUACGAGAGUGCCAGCAUCCACACCUUCUUCCGCCAGAGCUGGUCUGUCUUCUGGGUCAAGAUGGCCUCGUGCUGGACGUGCAUGCUGCUGUACCUGUGGACGCUGGUGGCGCCGCUCUGCUGCCCCUCCCGGCAGUUCUCUGUGUGACCGCGUGGCCCUGUCCUCCCGACAAGUGCACCAAGGCUCUCAGUGAUGCCCGGGGCCCAGGCGAAGCCGGUGCCUCUUGCCUGUCUUAAGUGUGUCUCACAAAGCUCUCCAGAAUCAAAGGAUAUUCUGCUUUGCUUUUUAAUUCACAGCUUAAUGAGAAAUUACCAUUUGUCUAAAGGAAUUGAAAUGUUCGACCCAACUGAUUGUGGGAUAUACAUAUGUAUUUUGGUGUCUUCAUCCCAGAAACCAGGUAGAACUUCUGUUACUGUUUUUCUUGGGUGCAUUUCUACCUAACCAGAACUUGGGGCUCACAUCUUCUCAUGAGGGUAACAUCAACUCAUGCAGCCUGGCAUUCGCGCCUUGGUAUCAGAGAAACACGCGAGCCCUGAGUCCCGCCCUCUGAGAACCCGGCCUGCUCCUCGCUCCCCUGCUGGGACCCUCAUCCCCAGGGCCCUGCCCGUGCUGCCCAGUAUUUAUGGGGCCCAGAGGGAGCAGCUGCCUUCAGUCCCCCUGGAGCCCCGGCCCUUUGGGGUGCGGUGCGGGCCAUCGCAGCCUCCCCCGAUUGCCUUCCUCCUGGCCCGGCACCCUCCUCAGGAUGUGAAGCACGACUCUGCUGUCUCUGCCUUGCGAUUGAUCGUCCCAUCUCCGCCCUCCCCGUCCCAGCUGGACGAAGGAAUGGCGCGGUCACACCUUUGCUCUGUGUCAGCAGCGAGGGCCAUGGGUCCUUUUGUAUUUGCUGUAACAGUAACGCUCCAAGGGCCCCCUGGGGGUGGGGGGCAGCGCUUCUGGGCCCACGGAGAAGCAGGGGCACUCUGACUCCCUGAUCAGUGCCUGGCCACCCUGCUAAUGCCCACUGUGGGUUCCUUGGAGUGAUACGAGGGCCCCCGGCCACUCUGCCAGUGGGGGUGCCGGGUAGGCAGCUGCUGGAGGUGACUGAGGACAGCUGGUAGAAUGGGGCGGGGGUGCUUAGGUGUGUUUGAGCUGCCAGCAGCAUCCCUAGAAGUGCCAGAGUCUGUUUGUGGAGGGUCCUCAGAGAAAGCUGCUCGCAGCUGCCUAGGAUAUGCAUGUCCCGAGUCCGUGUCCUCAGGUGGGGAGGGGUCUGCUGGGCCUGGGGCAGCGCUGGGGCCAUUCUGGGGUCACUUCCUGCAGCCUGUAGCCUGGACAUCUGCUCUGCUCUCGGUACCAAUUGGGCAGAAUUGGGUCCACCGGGCGUCAUGUGGGUGGGUGGGGGCACUGAGGUUGCCUUUGAGGAACACAGAUGAGCUGGGCUUGGUGAACAGUGGCACCGUCCCCCUUCCAGGGUCCAGCAGAGGCCUUGAUUUGUCCUCCUAGUUGGGUCUCCCAGCAGCAGGUCGCGGCCCAGGCAACAGCUGCACACCCUGGGUGUCUCCUGCAGAAAGAGGCUCAGGGAAACGCUGGCUAGUGGCUGCACUGGAGGCUUCCUGCUGCGGCCCCAGCCCACCCCGUCCUCCACAUGGUGCCCUGAGCUGGAUUCUCACCCGUGUUCACAAGGUCCUGGCGGGUGACAGUGUAGACUCUGGGAAGUGGUCCCCACUCCCAGGGUUAGAAAUCCCCUCCUGUGCAAUGUGUGACUUCAGAAACUGGAAUAACCACGCCAGUCCCUUGGAGCAGUGAUAAAGGUGUUAACUUAAUGAACUCUGGUAGCUUCUCUAGCCACAUCCUUUGCCUCUUGCAAGGUUUUGUAGCUGGUUUUCAGCGCAUCCCCACGCUGCGGGGCAGACCCGCCAGGUGUUCGGCUCUCUGGUCUUCUCUGUCCGCUCCUUCCCCAGUUGGACCCUCGGGCGGGCGAAGGGAGUGUUGCCUCCCCAGAGGCGCCUGACUGGCGGCCGCUCCCUCCCUGGGCCUGGUUCCGGUGUCACUGGUGCGUUCUGUGCAGAGCAUAGUAAAGGUGUGCGCUGGGCUGCAGGGAGGUGGGGAACUGCGUGCUGUUCCCCUAGGCAGCCCUCCUGCAUCCCGCCCGCGAUGUGUCACCCUCGGCUUUCUGAGAAUGUGCUUACUUCACCGCUGCCAGCCCUGCUGCCCCCUGGUGCUUCCCGUCCCCCAAGGGAGCCGAGCGCGGUGAAGCUGCCCAGACCUGCCGCUCCCGAGCUGCCUCUGAGGGCUCGCACUGUGUGCACUCAGACCCUGCGCCCUGCGCCCUGGGAAGUGAAGAGGGCCCAGGGGGAAGGCCUGGCCUUGAGGCCUGAGCCCUGCCCUGGGCGACUGUGGCUCGAGGGCCUGGCCCGCUAGGGAGUGCGUCUCUCAGCUCGGGGAUGACCAGCGUCCACAUUCUGGCAGCGUGGGCUGUGUGGUUCCUGCCUGGCCUCACAGCCACUGACCCUUAGAACCCUCUUCUUUCCCGAGUGAACCGUUCAGAGGUCGUCAUUUUGAAAGGUCUAAGUACUUGCCGUUUACCAAAGAGGAAUUUUCGGUUUUUGUUCUAAAGCCAGGUCUGUUCAGGAAGGGCAGAUGGGGGAGCAAACUCCACAGCCUCUUCCAUAGCGACGCAGCCAGCCUCGGGCGGGAGAACUCUUUCCGUCUUUCCCUGGGGUUAGGGUCCUGGAAACUCUCAGGUAGGGAGAGCCUGCAGCACAUGGGUAAUAUAUGUUUGGAGAGCUAUUUAUAAGAAAUUUAAGAGGAUUGGGGUUUUUUUAUUAAAGAUUUAACCAUUUUUAUUUUGCAAAGAAAAAUUUAUAAUCACAAGUUUGUUAAUUUUUAAAACUUUUUCUCAAACAAUUAGCUGUAGCCAAAUUUUGUGGUUACAUUUUUGUAUUUUGGAAUUCGUAUUUUAGAAUAUGAAAAGCCAGUGUGUGUGGUAGAACUGCUGUUUGGUGUUUGUAAAGGUCUCCGCUAGGGUUAGGGUUUGCUAACUUCUAAAACUGUUAUUUUUCCCCCUAUGUCAAAAAGCCGAUUAUGGAUUUUUAUUUUUUAUUUUUUUUGGUGCCAGGGAUCGAACUUGGGUCCUUGAGCUUGCGAGGCAGGCGGCAGAACCACUGAGCUGAAUCCCCGGCCCCUGGAUUUGUACUUUUUUGGAUGCUAAUUUUUCUAUAAAGCACCUUACGUUCACCAGUCUUUCCUAUGUAGAAACCUCAAAGCUUAUGAGCUCUGUACUUUAAUAAAUGUAAAAUUGAAGACGA